AAUUUAAAUCGCCGAAUAUGUCUCGUGGUGGUACACGAGUCUACUUUGGAAAGAUUCCCAGAGAUACAAGAGAAAGAGAUUUAGAGCGGUUUGUGCGAGGAUUUGGCAGAGUGCGUGAAAUUAGCAUCAAAGCUGGAUACGGUUUCGUGGUAAGUGCGGAAAUACAAGCCAUCGAGCAUUUAUAAUCUUACUGUCGUAGCUUUGAACUGUAUUUUCGUUUCCCUUUGGCUAGGAAUUUGAUGAUCCAAGAGACGCAGAUGAUUGUGUAUAUGAUUUAAAUGGAAGAGAACUUUUAGGAGAAAGGUAAUUUUAUCACGAGUUCUGUCAUUAAUGACUAAAAGGAAGUUCAUUGAAAUUGGUUCCGUGAAUACCUGCACAUUAAAAGUAAGAUAAGCCGAUGUUUAACAUCGUGGUUAAACAAACUAAUGCUUCUUGGAUCAAUAUGAAAGCAGUGAGUAAGCUUACAUAAAAUAUCGUAUAUUGUACUCUUUACGUCCAAAUACAAAGUAGGGGUAUUUAGCAGAACGCCGAAUGCGGAACGCUGAAUGACUCCGAGUUUAGUGAUAAGGGUUAGGUUACACCUGAGGUCUAGAGUGCUUAGUGCCUAACUAUACUUCAAUUUAACCUUUUGGAACAGAGUUGAGAAUUAGUGUUUUAUCAAAAUAAUUAUAAGAGGGUAGUAAGGGGAAUAAUAAUUAGAAGGUCGUUUUCACCAGAUCAUAAUGCACUGCAUUUAACUCAGAGUAAUUUAUUUUACUUAACUCUCUUGACUGAAAUGCUCUACCCUUAACUUUGACUCGGAAUCUGUCACUAGGAAAAAAACUAGUCGUAAAGGGGCUCUAUAAUGAAGAUAAUGCUGUUUAUUCUGCGCUGAAAGUCAUUACUUAGUGCUUUUAACUAUAAACAAAGUGCUCUGUUAGAGAUAUGAAGAAGAUAUCAAACAAGUCUCAUCAGAGAGCACAAACUACAAUAUUAUUUUGGUUGUUUUUUGUAGACGUAGCAUGAAAAGUUGAAAAAGUUGGCCCAAGUAUUUUUUUUUUAAAGUUUCAAUCCAAGUCUAUCCUUGCCAUCCCUUGUAACAGAUGACAGGGAGAGUAUCAAUACCUAAAUAUAGUCUUAAUUAAAUAACAAACCUGGGGCCCGUUUCUCGAAAGUCCCGAUAAUUAACGGGCCCAUUGAGCUGUUGUUGUUUACAUGCAAGGUAGAGGUAUCAACAGUUUUGCAUCUAACAUGAUAAAACUAUCAGUUAAUGAAACAAAAUGGAGUAGUUUGCUAGCCAGGACCUGCGCUCUUAUUCUUUAUAUUUCGAUUUGAAAAUUUGAUUUCGGGCCCGAAACGUUACCAGGGCUUUUGAGAAAUGGGCCCCUGGACCAUUACUUUUGGAAUUCAAUAAAGGCAGAAAAAAUGUUUUAUCUUUUUAAAAAGAUAGCAAAUAGUGUGACAUAGCCCUUUUAAAUCUUGUUUUCAUUGAAUGAUAAGAUAAGAAGAAAAUGAAUGCACAAACUCAAGCCCUUGCUACCUGGCACUAAGCAGUUAUACUGCCUACAAGUGCAAAUCAUUUUGACGGGGCUGAUCACUAAGGAAGUAGCCUUGUCUUAUUUACAAAAACAGAGUUGUGGUUGAACAUGCAAGAAAUCCAUCCAGAACUUCAGACUAUGGUUACAGAAGUAGUGCACCAAGGUAAAUAAAUCUGGCAAUAAAGGAGUGCUUUAUACAGACAUACAGGACAAAAAAUUAACUUUUUUUUUAGAAGUCAUUUGGCUGAUGGAAAGUCGUGGCUAAUUUCAACAAUAUAUUCACCAAGGCACAAAAAAGUUAGCAAAUGAUUUUAUUCUGUUAUGUCAAGUGCAAGGCUCACCAGCAUUGCAAGUUUUCACUGCCAAUAAUCCUAAUCGGUUGUAUACAGUCUGUCUCAAAGUACUGUGUUAGAAAGGAGAUGCUUCCAGGGACUACUGAUUUACAGUCUAUUUACUGCAAGAUGACUUCAACAGUAGAUUUAUUUCAUUGAACAUGGAAGUAUGUGCUAAUGUUUUCUAACAUGAAAGAUGUUUGGAUGUCCAAACCAGCUUCAAGUAAAGUUCCUAAACAAUCACAGAAGUCACCAGAAUGAGUUGAUCUUACUUAUAAUUAUCAAUUUUGUUCUAAGCAGUAGCAGACCUCCCAGAAGAGGGCGCUCACCACCAGUUAGGACAGAACACAGGCUUGCGGUGGAAAAUCUUUCUUCACGUAUCAACUGGCAGGUGUGUAAUUGCAUAAGCUUAUUUUUUUGUCUAUUUCCCUGUCAUAAAUGUAGUUUAUUACAGUGUCUAUAUUUAUGCGUUUUGUCUAAGGACAGGAUGGGAGAUGACUUUUUAUUAGUAAAUGAUUCAGUGUUCUUAGUCAAAGCUGAUUGGAAAUCUGAUCUCCUUCAUUAGAAUUCUCUUUUUUUGUUCUACACUCAUUACAUGUUUCAGUUGAUAUUGUAUUUUUCAAUGCAUUUUGAUAGGGUAGUUUCAUUUGAUUACGUUGACUUUGUUGUAGGAUACAACCAAAUGUUCGAAGUUGUAGGUAAUAAAAUGUAUUGAAAUUCAAUUGGUAACUAUCAUGGUUUCCAAAAAAUUGACUUUUGAUCACCACCUCUUGAUUGAUCUGUAGAUAUCCAAAGCUAGCUAUGCCAUGUCCUAGCCAGUCUGCCUGCCCUACUCCUAGUCGGUCAUUCAGUCAGUUUCAUACAGACAGACAGACGGACUCCAUUUGAGCCUCUGCUACCCAACCAACCGUAGCAGCAAGUGCCGAGAUGUUUGAGCACUGUGGCGAUGCCAUGUUAAUUUUCCAUUCCGAGUACCGUACCGUACCCUUGCCUCAACAAACAGACAGUGUUUCAGGGCUUAAGUUAGUGCUAUUUUCCUCCAUCCAACCAGUGAGGGCUCUGUCUUCAGUGCCAUGAGCUAAAACUUACAGUUGGCCACCGGUGCUCAUCAGCCACAUUCCGUUUCCAAUUUGUAACAUUUGAUUCUCUAAAAUUGAUGCAAAAGACUACUGGAUGGUAAGUACAGUAACAUGGUUGCUGGAAGCCCAAGGGAACAUACAAGUGUGUAAUUAUAGACUAACAGUGGUUGGUUUUCGACUAUAAUGUUAAAAGUUCUCAGUGCCAAAGAGUGUUCCUAUUGCCUGUUUUUACAAAAUUUCAAAGCUUUCAAGAAUUUGCUUACAUUUGUACAUGUCAUGUUGAUAAUCAAACGGCCUUCUAUCUUGUUGUAUUCCUCACAGAUCCAGCAUUCUAUUUUGUUGGAACCUUGUCUCUAGGAUACAUUUUUCUCAAUGUCUUUUGUUAUGUUUCUCUGUUAUUGUAUUGUGAAUCAUAAAAGUGAACUUGAAGUGUUGUUUCAGGAUUUAAAGGAGUACAUUUCUAAAGCUGGAGAAGUUACAUUUGCUGAUGCCCAUAAGAGAAGACAGGGAGAAGGGUGAGUAUUAAUCAGAGGUGUGAUUUAGCCCUGUCAGUCCAAAUUUCUAUUCGUAAAACCAGAAGAUCUAAAUAGUACUAUUGAAAAGUUCUGCCAAAGAGAUUUCAUUUGAGGAUUUCAUUGACAGAUGCAAAAGUUAGAACAACAUGCUAAAUGAAUAACACCAUGUGAAAGCACUUGCUGGGUGGAGGCAUAGUAAUGAAAUGUUUAAACAUGACAUCAUGUGGUUUUUUUUAUGUACAGUUUGUUGCUGCAGUUUUCAGCUGUUCAUUUUUUUUCUUUCUCUGCAGAGUUGUAGAGUUCGCCACCAAAGAGGACAUGAAGAAUGCUUUAAAGAAACUUGAUGAUUCAGAAUUAAAUGGCAGGCGCAUCCGUCUCAAAGUUGUAAGGCCUAUCCCCCAUUUCCCCUUCUCUUACCUGCUUUACAGUUAACAAAGGUUCUUUAUGCUUCAAAGGUUUUUAAAAGCUGUUAGGUCAGGUCAUUAAAUCCCAUUCAGCAAUGUCAUCCUUGCUUAAAAACAAAAGAAUAUAGGAGCAAGAGACUACAUUCAGUCUUUUUUGUUAGUUUCUCACUUGUUCACUAGGACCAUGGAAAUGAGUGUUAAAUUUUUCUUACCUUUUAUCUUCCAAAUAGGAAAAGGUGAAAUCAUACUCACGUCGAUCACGUAGCCGCAGUAGAUCUCGAUCUCCAAAGCGUAAAAAGAGGUAAGAAUGUUUAAGUGACAGAAACGUGAUUCUUUUAGUCAGAAAAGAUAAUGGCAGAAAUAUUAUGUUUUCGAAGCACAUUAUCACAUAAAUCAUCUUUCAGUCAAAACAAACCUCAUCAGAUGGAGUUGCAUUCUUCCAUGCUUAGUAACCAGGCAAAUGUUUUUGACGCAUGUUUGACCAAUCUUGGUGGAUUAUUUAAGCAUUUCUUGACAUCUUUCAGUUUGUUUUACACCUUCCCUUGUUGUAAAAGGCUUACCAGUGUGAGAUUUUAGUUGUGAGACCUGUUUUUGCCAUUUACCUGGCAACUUGAAAUCUUAGUGACAGUCCUAUUUUAUACCUGUACACAACAUAUUUCCUNCUUCCAAAUAGGAAAAGGUGAAAUCAUACUCACGUCGAUCACGUAGCCGCAGUAGAUCUCGAUCUCCAAAGCGUAAAAAGAGGUAAGAAUGUUUAAGUGACAGAAACGUGAUUCUUUUAGUCAGAAAAGAUAAUGGCAGAAAUAUUAUGUUUUCGAAGCACAUUAUCACAUAAAUCAUCUUUCAGUCAAAACAAACCUCAUCAGAUGGAGUUGCAUUCUUCCAUGCUUAGUAACCAGGCAAAUGUUUUUGACGCAUGUUUGACCAAUCUUGGUGGAUUAUUUAAGCAUUUCUUGACAUCUUUCAGUUUGUUUUACACCUUCCCUUGUUGUAAAAGGCUUACCAGUGUGAGAUUUUAGUUGUGAGACCUGUUUUUGCCAUUUACCUGGCAACUUGAAAUCUUAGUGACAGUCCUAUUUUAUACCUGUACACAACAUAUUUCCUCUGGCAACUUGAAAUCUUUGUGCCACACAUGAAUACAUUUACGUUCAUUUUCAUGCAUGAAAUGUUUGUCCUGUUCUCACAAUAGAAGCCACUCUCGUUCUCGCAGCCAUUCAAAGUCCCGUUCCAAAUCACCAAAGAAACGCCAUCAUUCUUCAUCUCGUUCAAGGUCACGCUCCAAAUCACGCAAGUCAAAGUCCCGCUCACAGUCCAAAGAGAAAGAGCGAUCAAGGUCCAAGUCUGUGGAGGAAGAAGACAAAGAGGAGAAGAGUCCAGAGAAGGAGGACCAAGAGGAGGAGGAAGAAGGGGAUGCAGGUGCCGAGGCUGAUGGUGAUGGCGAGGAAAAGGAAGGUAGUCCAGAAGCAGUUAACGGAGAUGGAGAGGAAGAAAAUGGCGAAGGUGAGCAAGAACUUGAAGUGGAGGAUGAAGUUGAGGAGGACUGAGUAACAUUGAAAUCAGUGUUUUACACUGUAACUCAUAUUAUUAAAGCUGAGCCUGUUCCUGCUGUUGAGCAUUCUUGAAAUAAGGCGGCUUACUCAACAGAUUAUAUAAAGUGACACAGAUACCUGUUAGAGGUUGUAUUAGUGACUUUCAAGUUUUCACUUAAACAAGUGAGUUUUCAGUAGUGUUUAUGUAAACUCGUACAGUAAAUGCAUCAAUUGUUACACAUGCAUGUGUUCAAUGUAGUCUACAAAGUAGAGAAAUGUUUUUUAGCACUUAAACCCAUUUUUAGCAGUAAGUUACAAACUAUUUAGUCUUUGAUAUACACUUUUGUGUCGAGCACUCAACAGGCCUUGAUUUCCUGUUCCAAUUCAAUCUAUUUUACACAGCCGUAUUUGUUUAUACUUGGUGCAAAGCAAUGAUUUCUUUCUAGUAUGGCAUUGUCUCCUACAGUGUAUACCAGUUUUACUACACUUCCAUUUUCUUCUAUUUCAUGGACCCUUUUAACGUUUAUGUGAACAAGAAGGUCAAUUAGGAUUUAUUGUUUUUCCUCAAAAUUCUUUCAAGACAUUGGCAGUGUUAGUCUUGCGGGGAGCAUUGCGUUACUCCUGCCUGCAAAGUAGAGUAAAGUACUGUGUGUCCAAGCAUAAUUACAUUUAAUUAAGCAAUGCAUGUCCUUUUAUACUUAAUAUCAACAUUUUAUUAAAUUUCCAUCCUUGAAGACUCAAGGACAGCUGUCUCAGAUGGGGCUUUUGCAGAUGAAACUAUUUCAAAGUUUGACCCUUUGAACCCUCAUAUGAGCUUACAUAUUCUCGACACUGCUCUCCAUACAGUUCUUGUAUCUAACUCUGAGGAGAAUUAGUUCAAAAAUCAAGACUUUACACUUGCUUACCACUUUCUUUCUUCUUGUGACUUGUAUGCCUGACUGAGCAUUUAAGGAGAAAUUAGCUGUUAUACAAUGUUACAUGUAGGGUUGAAGGUUUGCAUCAGAAAUGGGAUAUUGAACCAGGUCGAGAAGCAUUUCUGGCUAAUUACAAGCAGUUAAUAGCCCACAUUUGAUGUAUUAAAAUUCUAACAUGACUCUGAUUCUUUCUGGUCAUUUUUCUAUAUUUCGGUUGGUUUUCUUUGUGCUCAAGUCUAUUCUGGGAAUUGUGAGACAGUGGAGUCGUGAAAGAUUUGCAAUUUUGACCCUAAAGCCUUGGAGUCAUGUUAGAAGUUUGAUAUAUGGAACGUGGGCUAUUCAAACGCUUCUGGAACUUGUUUGAUGCUCAAUUCCUCUUGGAAACUUUGCUCACUAUGAUUUUUGUCUGUGAAUAUCCCCUCUCAGUUAGCUGGCCUUUAACUUCAGGGGUGUGAAAUGUCUGAACUAAUGUCUAAAUUUGUAAUCUGGUGUUCCCUUGGA